GCCACCGCACGAGCGAGCCGUCGGCCGAGAAAAGCUUCGGGAGGGGAAUUCCCGACGCCUCGGUGGAGCAUCCGGGCGCCGCUGCAGCCUGCCUGCCUGUGACGGAAAGGACGCUGCGUGCUUCGUAUCCACGUCUCCUUCGAUCGGCCGUGUCCGGGACUCCGGGUACGAAUCAGACUCAGCUGUGACUUGUGGCCUUGUCGGUCGUGGCCGCACGCACCUGUAUAGGCAGCACCGAUGCUCUAGUUGAUUGUAGUAAUCGCCAGAUCGCCUACGUAGGUUGUACUACUACUGCUACUGUCAGUCGAGAGUUUGAAAAACACAAGCGAAGAAGAGACCGAGGGCAUGCCUUGCAGAAAGGCAAGACUACGGCGGCGGCAGCAACGAAUCCAUGUAGAGAUGGAGUCGUCGACUGUGUCUGAGCCUGAGGUGGGGAUGCCGGCGGGGAACAAGGCGGAUGAUGAUGAGGACGAUGUUGACGAUGAGCCUGUCGAGUCUGAAGAACCAGCAACUCCGUCUGAAUCUGAUCAGGCCGCCGAGGAAGCGGCCGAGGAAGAGACGAUGGCGAUGAUGAUGGGACUGGGGGAGCUGGCCGACGAGGCAGCUGAGGAGGCGGCCAACAGCGGAGCCAAGAAGAACAGGAGAUGCAAUCGGUCGGCCCACGAUAUGAUGGUGGAAGCGAGAGAGAAGCAAGGGGAAAUACCCGAGGAAGCCAACACCGAUCCAUACGCCUACCAGGCGCGCGGUCACCGCCAAUGCAUACGCAUCAAGAAAGCUUGUACCUUCCCAAACAAGAGGACGCCCUCCAUGCUGCUGUCGCUGCCCCGUGCUACUGCCUCCAUGGUUGGCUCGUGCACCAUCAGCUUCGUUGCCGCAGCCGCCGAGCGCCAUGCCCUUGUCUUGGAGCAGCGAAUGGCACGAACUGGAUGGGGUGGAGGCGAGGAGAUGUGGAGGAAGGCGGGAGGCGAGAUGGCCGAAAUUCGGCCGAAAUUUAGUGACUGGAUCUUCGCCCGACACUACGGCCCCUUCGACCAGACCACAUCUAUCCCUGCGUCGUGCUUCACCGGCCUUCGUCGCCCUAACAACCGCUACGCCUGCACCCAGGAGAUGCUCCAGAUCUUCUGGAUCAAAGUCGGGAAGAUAAAGAAGCCCCUGCAGUGGCCAUUACAGGUUUUUGGUACGAUCGCCGUGCGGGAUGUGCUGGAUCACAAUCACAUCAUGGUCUUCGAUCGCGAAAGGGAUAACUGUCAAACCCUUACCAAGAAGGAUAGAUUUCUUACGCUGACAGGUCCUACCCGAGGAGUUGUGGUGGAUGUGUAUCCUACCUAUGUUGAGGUCGAUCUGAAGGCGAAGGGCGCCACAGAAUCGGAGGACAUGGAUUUAAGCUAUUUAGUAGUCAGGUCUAUGCCCUGCAGCCCGUCGUAUCGCGCCGUGCCUAGCAGGCUUAGCACAUUGGAGUUGACAUACAUUCGAAUAUACGACUGUGUGGAAGUCGCAAUCAGUGUAAAAGUCAGAAAACAUGGGUUCUGGCCCGGUUGCCGCGGUUUAUUCACUGCCAGCACAGCCAGUUACGAAGACUUGGAGAUCCCGUUGCUUGCGUUUGAAGGCGAUAGGUUGCCGGUUGAUGCUAGUGGAAGGCUUGAGCUUUCACGUCGUGUGGUCUGCGUAGAGCUUCAGCAGCCCGAAGGUAAGCUCUUGUUUUCGGCGAAGGCACUGCGUGGUAGUGAUGAGAAAGACGUGAGGAGAGUUCGUAAGACUUUCACUCCCAAGAAGGUUGGUAAAACCAAGGAGAAUAUCAAGAUUGGUUCCUGUGAGAUGGAGGUAACUGUCACAUGGUCCCUUCUUCCAAAUUGUAAGUAUGAUUAUGACAGUGCUUUGAGAAGGUAUUAUUAA